AUGCCUGUGGACCAAAACCGAGCACCGCGGAACUGCGUCAGCUGCAAGGAGCGCAAAGCCCGCUGCGACCGCCGUCGCCCGUGCGUCAACUGCACCAAAGCCAACCAGGAAUUUAUUUUUCCGACUACUGGUCGAAUACUACGGCAACCCCAGCGCAUGCGGCGGGAGACUCCGGCCAGUAGCGGGAGGCAGGUUGAUCUCAUGGAUUGCAUCCACCGGCUGGAGAACGUGGUCAGCCGUCUUCAUGCCAGAACUGAUACCAGCCAAUCUAAGCAGCAUGAAAACCUCGCAGGGAGUGAGGAGGGGCUGCGCCGCGCCAAUGACUCUUCAGAGAUCGGUGUUUUGGUUCGUCAAGAACGAGGGAGACUCUACGUUGGUGAUGGCUUCUGGGCAGACCUACAGCAGGAGAACAUCAAUGCGGCUAGCCAUGAAGAUGAUGCCGCCGACUCCAUCUACACUCCGAGCCUUCAGUCCUCUCACAGGACCAUCUCGGCCAGCGCAACCAGCUUCCUCUUUAGCAGCCGCUCCAUGAGUACGGCGAGCACGGAGGACCUUCGGCCUUUACCAUCUCAAACGCUCUUCACCUGGCAGACAUUUGUCGAAAAUGUUGAUCCCUUCAUCAGGGUUCUGCAUGUUCCAACUAUUUGCAAGAUGAUUCCCGAUUCCCGGGGAAACUUUGAUGUGCUGCCCUCCUCAAUGGAGCCGCUGAUGUUCAGCAUUGCCUUUGCGGCCGUCAAGUCUUUAAGCAGUGAAGAGGUUCAAAUCCACUUCCGCUCCAAUAAGAAAGAUCUUGUAUCUCGAUUCCGCCUCGGAACAGAAAAUUGUCUUUCCCGAGCAGACUUUAUCAACACAAAAGAGCUUUCCGUGGUCCAGGCCCUCCUCGUGUAUACCCUGUUAAUCCGCUUGGAGGAGUCACAGCGCCCCUUCGAGACCGAGGUGCGACGACGCGCGUGGUGCUACAUUCGCAUCCUCGACUUUGCCACGGGGGACUUUCAGGUGCCAGAGACGUCGAUAUCUGACGCCAUCUCCGACACAAACCUCCCGUUGAACCUGGACGACGAUGACGUGCAGCUAAAUAUGUCAGCCCUGCCAGAAGCGAGGAACGGACACACUGAUAUGGCCAUCUGCCUCCUCAGGAGCGAGCUAGAUGCCGACACUCUCCACCAGCUCGAACAGCUCUCGAAGUUCUCUCAGCAGGAGUUUGCAGAGUUUCUCGCCCCCAGCCAGCCGGACAAGCCGAUAUACCUCUUCACUCGGACAAUGGCGGCUGUUGCAGUGAGACGAUACGAGCUCAUAGUGCACCAUAUUCGUCAACCAUCUUUACAACACAGCAACGGUCGCCUUGAGACCGGUACGCUGUUCCACUUGGCGGUGGGAAUCCUUGAGUACAUACAUAUGCUCCAGCAUGGUCCUCUCACCAGGUGUUGGGCGUGGCAGCUCGACGGUUUCAUACAGUGGCAGCCGCUUGCUCUGGUGCUCAGUCGGCUGUCUGUCGUUGAAUUUAACGCAAUGGCAGAACGCGCCUGGAGUGUCGUGACGAGGAUUUUGGAGGCAUGUCCCGAGUCCAUUAGAGAGGAGCCGCUCUGGCAACCGCUGCUCAAUGUCAUUCAAAGCGUGAAGAAGCGGCGGCUCCAGCAACUCAAGAACCGAUCAGACAAUAGUGUACGAAGACAUUAUACCCCUUCGGAUUCCACGGGCGCUUUAAGAAACAUGAAGGCUGAACCUAGCGAGGGGGGAGGAAGUGCGCUUUCAUGGAUCAGAGCAGAUGACCUUCCAGGGGCUGCGCAGAUCGCAACUGGGACUUCUCCGCCAACCAGACAUCCGAGCUUGGAAUGGCGGCCCCAAGCCUGGUUUUUGGCCAGAAUCAACGAUCCAGAUGCACAUGUAGGAGGCAUGGAUGCUAUUUCGAGUGUCUACCAACGUGAAGAAGAGCACUUGCCGGUGGAACCAGAGCAGUCGGCCCCGCGGUCACUGCCGAAGUCACAAGAUCAGAACACAGGUGAUGAGUCACUUCAAGAUAUCAACAACCCAGGGUGGGACGAAUGGAACGGCAUGAUCAACAUGAGCGAACAGUCAAUGUUGUGGGACCGGUGGGCAUUUUGA